AUGCUAGCGAGUUUUGCGUCGAUAAGCGCAGUGUAUUUUAUAGUUUAUAAUAAUGUAUUUGUCGAAGCCAAAAUCUCUUAUGCUACGUAUAGGAACGAUGUAACAAGAGCGACUCUUUACCGGCCUUAUGUCAUCGCCAAGACCUGUUUACUGGAACCAGACAGAGGUCCUUGCAGGGCGGAAAUACCAAUGUACUAUUUUUCACCUUCACACCAAACCUGCUCUAUUUUCGAAUGGGGAGGCUGCCAAGGGAAUGGAAACCGGUUCGAUACGAUACAAGAGUGUAGCACAACUUGCUUAAGCAGGCCUAAUCAUCCUAAAACAAGGCCAAAAUGGUGCAGUUUGACUUUCGACUACGGGUUUUGCUUUGGCGCCCUUAACAGGUGGUAUUACGACCCGCUGUGGAAGGUGUGUAAGCAGAGAAUAUAUUCUGGAUGUGGAGGCAACAAAAAUAACUUUUAUAAUCAGCAACAGUGUGAUGCAGUAUGUCGAUAUGGCACGGGUGUUAUUAGGACAGCAGCCGAUGACAGGAGUGGUAUUAAAAAGGUUUUGAUCGUUAACUCAUUCAACGCCACCACCAGGAAGGGUAGAGAUCAAGUUUUCAAACAACAGACUUUAAACUAUUAACUCUUAGCUACGGGACAUUCGCGCCGCUCAAGUUUAUGCAUUAUGGCCAGGCAUCUAGCAAUUAAAACUAAUGUAUGGAUUCAUGUGAAGCAACUUAUAACUUUUAUAAUCAGCAACAGGUAUGAUCUUCUUCGCUUCGUUAUUUUUUGUCUUGCUUUGUCCUCUUAUUUUAAAAGAUAUAAAUACAAGGAGAAAUUGUCUCAAAAGUAUUAAAUGUACCUUUAAUCUGA